AUGGCCGAGUCGACCGAUGCGCAGAGUGUUGCAGACUCCGCAGUCGACUGGGACAGCCCAUACCAACAGGAGCCUAAGCCAAAGAAACCCAGCAAAUAUCCCGGCUUCCGCCGCUGCGACGCUGUCGAUGCGCCUAUCGAGAAGCAAGAUCGACACCGGUUUGGUGCACCCUCCAAGUUCCAAGUCCCGAACCCGUACGACAUGACAUAUUGGCAAGCACUGAAAGUCAUCGAGGCCUCGCAAGAGCACGACGCCUUCCAAAAGUUCGCGCAUGAGAUGAAGUUGAGUGCGCUCAAUUGUGCGCCGACAAUAUACUACGCCUGCGACACUGCGCCGGUCGUGCACAUGUUGUUCCAGGAGUCGAGAGUUAUCAAGGUGCAAUUGAAGCUCGUAUGCGAUCUCGAGCUUGGAUGGGGCUCAUGCACUGUUAUGCUCAGGGAUGGAGAUCGCUGGAUACCACUCAUCGACUACCUCAAGUCUCUGCCUGUUCUAGACUUCGCCAGUACCGGACAAGUCGGCUGGUGGGUUCAGGAGCGGUGGUGGAGAAGCAUCGGAGGACCAUUCCGACUGUUGGAUCUGCCGCCUGAGCUUUGGCAGACGAUUCUACUUUACGCCCUCGGAGAGGAGGUGUUCCCUCGACCACCAGACUAUAAACACAGUCAACUCAGUCUCACACAAGGAUUCCGGAGAUCCGGCUUCACCGAAGAUCGACCAAACAUUUCACCAACAAAUAUCUCCGUACUUGGCCUCAACCAGGUCUUGGCAGAUGUGGCAAGGACUCUGCUCUGGGGAGAGACCACGAAAGUGUACCACCGCGAAACCGAAUUGCCUGUGCUUCGCCAGCCGGGCUUUUACGUGCCAGACGCUGCUCUAGCUCCGCCACAGUGCUUCCGAUUCAUCCGCCGCAUGAAAUUGUCGUUGAGCCCCAUGGAUCUGAUCACGACCUUCAGAGUGGAGGUCGAGCCAUUCACAGAGGAUUGGCACGCCCCGAUUGACACCCACAAUCGACCAUCAGGGGAGCUCUUCAGACAUCUACCAUGUCUCAAGUUUCUGGAACUCGAGACGGACGCAUUCGAAUUGCGGUCGAUUGACUGGCAGGGAUUUUCGGUUUUCUCGGAUCCGGAUGAUGAGCAUGAUGGCGUCACACUGCACUGCUCGGAGACAGUCUUGAACAUGGUCAUGGCGUUCGCUGCGGAAUACUUACAGAGCGUGAAGACAGUUCGACUCACUGGGGUGGUCAAGAAGAGUGCCAAGGAUCGAUGGGAGAAGCUGCUCAAUCAAGCGUCGUAUGAGAACAACAAGCCAAUACUUGAAGCCAUGAAAGACGAGUUUCGCAAGUUCACACGAUUCCAGGUGCCACCAAUUUGCUACUGCGCUGAGCCGUGCGCCACGUACGACUACACGUACGGCAAGGCGGCAGAGGAGGAAGCGAAGGCAGCAAAGGCAGGAGGCUACGUCUUCUGCACUGAUGGAUAUGGCACCAAGGUCGGACCUGGCCGACAACAUCGUGGAGCUGAAUAUGGCGCUGCAUUUGAUUUCUCGUUGCUAUUUUCUUCAGCAUUGCGAUUCGGAUUCGAUCAGCACUACGGCGAGAUCAUGAGAGAGGUCGUCUUAGGCAGCAAGGUCACGGCUUUCUAA